AUGGGCAAGACGGGUAAAUUAAAGAAGAAGAGUGAUUCUCUGCACUCUCGCGCUGCGCGGCGAGAGAUGUCCCCCUCUGCCGAUGUCGAUAAAUCGCUGAGAUCGAUGCCUCGAGUGGAGGCAGAGCCGAAGCAGUCUGUGAUUCACACUGUACAUGCCAAUGCGGGUAUCUCAAAGAAAAAGUCCAAGGGCAAGGCUUUGACGCGAGCCCAACGGCUCCGCCAACAGAAAAGUAUCGAGAGGGCAGAGAGUGUGAUGGAUCAGCUUGAAACCAAGGUUUCUAAAAGCAUUGGAAGGGCAAAAGUCGUGAAUGCGCGAAGGGCUCAAUGGGAAGACUUGAACACCAAGAAUGAGGCGGCGGUCAAGAUUCUGCAGGAAACUCAAGACGACGAUGAGGAGGAAAUGGAAGAUGAAAAACCUUCGAAAACAACUACCAACUCACACCAGCCCAUUGUCUCACACGCUGGUGGAAAUACAAUCCCUCCCGAUUCUCACGGGAUUAUCGAUGAAGAUGACGAGAUUACUUGA